AUGAUAUCUUCAAGAGCAGUGGUAGUGGUAGCGAUGGGUCAAGCGGGCAGCGAGGAGGAGGACGAGGACUCCGACCAUUUCGACGAAGUGUCCAACCGGGACUCCGAUGAAAGGUACGUGGAAGACUCGGACCAGGACUCCGACAAAGGCUCCAACGACGACUCCGAUGAGGAAUCCGGCGGCGGCGAUGUCUCCGACGACGACUCCGACGAGGGAUCCGACGCCAGCUCCGACGCGGGCUCCGACUCCAACGAAGGGGACGACAAGACCGAGGAGACACCUCUCGAACCUGGCACUAUAAUCGAACGUAUCACCGAUAUCGUUUAG